AAAUCCUCCUAAGAAAAACAAUAAUCAUGUCAAAUAUCCAAACUCAAAUGCAAAUACAAAAGUAAGAAAAAACCUACAAAAUUUCAUCCGCUGCAAAAAUCAAAAUCAGUAAUUUUGGUAACCAGGAUCGUUGAUCGUUGACACUCUUGCAUUGCAGAGUAACUCGGGGCAUAGCAUAUCCAUGGCGACGAUAAUCAAGCAAAUUCCCACUCACUUCUUCCAACCUCCUGGCAUCGCUACGCCUUCGAUCAAUCAUCGUCCUUCAAUGCCAAUCUCGGCGGUUUCCACUUUUCGAAACCCAGAUUCUCGCUUCGUUGAAGCUCAGAAACUCGUUCAUGAAUUCGACCCUGAAAUUCCCCUAGAGAAGGCCCUCACUCCACCCAGCUCCUGGUACACUGAUCCUUCCUUUUUCACUCUCGAGCUCGAUCGUGUCUUCUACAGAGGAUGGCAGGCCGUGGGAUAUGUUGAACAAUUAAAAGAUCCCCAUGACUUUUUCACAGGCAGGUUGGGUAAUGUUGAGUUUGUGGUGUGUAAAGAUAAUAACGGGAAGGUUCGUGCAUUUCACAACGUUUGCCGCCAUCAUGCCUCACUUCUCGCUUCUGGAAGUGGGAAAAAGUCAUGCUUUGUAUGUCCAUAUCAUGGAUGGACAUACGGGUUGGAUGGAGUUCUGCUUAAGGCGACUAGAAUAAAAGGGAUACAGAACUUUGAUGUAAACGAUUUUGGGCUCAUACCAUUACUGGUAGCUACAUGGGGUCCUUUCGUCCUUCUCAAUCUGGAUAAAGAGUUACCAUCUGAGCAGGAAGUUGACGAGGAUAAAGUAGCACGUGAAUGGCUUGGAAGCUGUGUAGAUGUGCUGAGUUUGAAUGGAGUCAAUACUUCGUUAAGUUACGUUUGUCGACGCGAAUACACCAUCGAAUGUAAUUGGAAGGUAUUUUGUGACAACUACUUAGAUGGAGGAUAUCACGUUCCCUAUGCGCAUAAAGGGCUCGCAUCUAAUCUCAAGCUCGAGUCUUAUUUGACUGAAAUAUUUGAGACUGUUAGCAUUCAAAGUUGUAACAGCGGCGAAGAACCGAAAGUCGAUGAUUAUGGUCGCCUUGGAUCAGAAGCACUAUAUGCUUUUAUAUAUCCAAACUUCAUGAUAAAUAGGUGGGCACUGUGUGAUCUUUAUUUUUUAGUUGUUCUGCUGCUGAACGUUUGUCUCAUCAAUUUGGGGUUCUAUGACAGGUAUGGACCUUGGAUGGACACAAAUUUAGUACUCCCACUCGGACCUCGAAAAUGUUUAGUAGUAUUCGAUUACUUUCUUGAAGCUCCCUUUAAGAAUGACAACUCUUUUAUACAAAAAAGUUUGGAAGACAGUGAAAGAGUGCAGAAUGAAGACAUUAUUCUGUGUGAGGGUGUUCAAAGGGGCCUCGAGUCGCCUGCUUACAAGUUCGGCCGAUACGCUCCUUCGGUCGAGAACGCCAUGCACCAUUUCCAUCGUCGUCUUCAUCUUAAUCUCACCAAAUAAUUGUUCUGCGGAUUGCAUCUCAGAAACAUGAAUUUGUACCUCACGGAUUUGUUAAUUAAUAAACUGUGAGAAUACUAAUCUAUUUAUGUAUUUUUUUUUAUCUGGUUGAAGUACAAACUUAGGAAAUUUGGAGGUAACAAAAGUAUGAAAUUUGACCCUGCACAGAUUUAUGAAAGUUAGAUCAUUUGAGC